AUGAGCGUGGCGGGAUUGGCGGCAGCAGGGGGAGCAUGCGUAAGGUUCCGCGGCGGAUGGGGCCCUCUUUUCCCCCUGCCGCUGCGAAAGGCGCUACUUGUCGCCUACAAUUCAGACGCAACAGGGGGUAGUAACGCUGUCACCGGCGCCGCCGCUACUAGUGGCCCUAGUACCGCUACAGGCGAUGCCACUACUGGCGCUACCGCCAUUCGCGUUACUUGCAGCGUAGCGCAAGACGACGAGUAUGCUGGACGUCGUCAGGAGGUUGCGCCACGUGUCUGUGCGGGCAGCGCUGCUCCUUCCGCGUGUCCGUGCGUGCGCCCGCGCGCUGGGCGCAGGGCGACGCUGCACGUGGGGUUUGCCAACCUCAACUUCUCCCCUUCCUUCGCUCACCACUUCAACCGCACGCACCAACACAGCCUUGCCUCCUGGCCAAUCACAAUCAUACCACCCGCGCUGCACGAGAGGGGCAUUCGGGAGAUCAGCAUCGUGGGGGACAGUCACCAGCGGUACCUGGCAGCGCACCUGCACUUCCUGCUCACCCGGAAGGCGGAGAGGGGUGUGAAGCGGUGGAGGGAUAACCUGGUGUUUUACCCGCGAGAUGGGAGCAACCGCACGCUGAGAAUCAACUUCUACUGGAUUGAUGGGAUCUACAAGAACGGCGAGUUCGGCUGCGCCCAUCGCGGCAUGACCACCAACCGGUCAGAAGCCUUCCCAAGCAAGCAUCUCCCCACUGCUUUCAAGAUGUCUCAAAAUUCCUUCCUCCCAAUCUCCCCCUGCAAGUCCCCCCAUCCCCCCGCCCCCCCCCCCAACCAGCCAUCGCGGCAUGACCACCAACCGAUCAAAGGCCUUCCCAAGCAUCUCCCCGACUGCUUUCGAGGCGCCUCAAAAGUCAUCUCUCCCCCCCUUCCCCCCACCAACAGCCAUCGGGGCAUGACCACCAACCGAUCAGAAGCCUUCCCAAGCAUCUCCACUCCUUCUUGUGUUGCCUUCAAUUUCCCCCUUUCUCACCCGCCCCACCCCUUCCCCCCAACCAGCCAUCGUGGCAUGACCACCAACCGAUCAGAAGCCUUUCCAAACAUCUCCCCCACGGCUGACGUCACGCUCUUUGAAGGAGGCUACUGGGCAGCUUCCUUCUGCCGCCAGCCCCUCAAGGCGCUCCGAGUGCACCUCGAGGAGUUUGCUCGCUGGGCGCUUGCCGCCGCGCCCUCUAAAGGCCGGGUUAUUUUUCGAACUAUCCCGUCUUUUUCGGUGGCUAAGAACCGGGUGGUUAUGGCGGUUAAUGUGCUUCUGAAGAGGAUAGUCCAGGGGGGAAGAAGAGUGGGGGGGGAGGGGAGAGGAGCGGGGGAGAAAGGGGGAAGAGUUGGUGGGGAGGGGAGAGGAUCGGGGGAAGAGAGGAGGGGUUCGGAGAUCUUAGAGGGAGGGAAAGUAGGAGGGGCGCAAGAGGGGGAUGUUGGUGGGGGAGGCAGGGGAAGUGGAGGAGGGAUAGAGAAGCUGGUGUAUCUCGAUUCCAGCCUGCAGGUGUUACCACGCCGAUCCGGUGAGCUGGCAGCGUUACCCGCGGGGGCAGCAACAGUGCUGGACACGUGGCAGGUGGACGGACCUCGGUAUGCCGACACAGCAGAGCCUAACGACCAUCAUUACUCCAUGGUCCAGCCCACAUCAGAAGGGGCAGUGGUGGUGGGGGACGUGGGGGAAGCUCAAGUGCGCGCCUUCAUUCAUUACCUGCUGCACCUGCUGCCCCCACCCACUCCACACUAG